AUGAGGCCUCCGGCCAUGGUCUUCAGUGUGGUUUGUGGCCUGCUGCUCUACGUGCCGGCUCCAGUCGGGGCCAAUGACUUCUCCUCUUUUCUGAGCGCCAAUGCCUCCCUGGCUGUGGUUGUGGAUUACGAAUAUAUGGCUAUGCAUCGACAGAACAUUUUGGCACAUUUUGAGAAGAUUCUCAGUGAUAUCAUACGCGAGAAUAUGAAGAAUGGCGGCAUCAAUGUGCGCUACUUCACCUGGAAUGCCGUUAAAUUAAAGAAAGAUUUUCUGGCUGCCAUAACGAUUAUGGACUGUGAGAGUACCUGGAACUUUUAUAAAAAUACACAAAUAACAUCGAUACUUCUAAUUGCCAUCACGGAUUCGGAUUGUCCGCGUCUACCGCUUAAUCGUGCGCUGAUGAUACCCAUGGUGGCGCAGGGCGAUGAGUUUUCUCAAAUUUUACUCGACGCCAAGGUGCAGGGGAUUUUCAAAUGGAAGUCGGUGGCUGUAUUCGUAGAUCAAAGCAUACUCGAGGAGAAUCCGAUGUUGAUCAAGUCCAUUGUGCACGAGAGCACCAUAAAUCAUAUACCGCCGUUAUCGGUGAUUCUCUACAAGAUUGACGAAACGCUGCGUGGCCAGCAAAAGCGUGCUGCUCUGCGCCAAGCAUUGGCACAAUUUGCGCCCACCAAACACGAACUGAAGCGCCAACAGUUUUUGGUCAUUUCCCAGUUCCAUGAGGAUAUCAUUGAGAUAGCCGAGACAUUGAGCAUGUUUCAUGUGAACAAUCAAUGGAUGUUCUUUGUGUCGGAGCAACUGCAUGCAGGUUUUGAUGCCAGUACUGUGACCAUGAAUCUGGACGAGGGCGCCAACAUAGCAUUUGCACUCAAUGAGACCGUGUCCGAUUGCGUAGAUACACUAAACUGUACCAUAUCGGAGGUAUCAAUGGCCGUUGUCACCUCGCUGUCACGCAUGAUCCUCGAGGAGCAAUCGAUCUAUGGAGAAAUAUCCGAUGAGGAAUGGGAGUCAAUACGCUUUACCAAGCAUGAAAAACAAGACGAGAUGCUGCAGUACAUGAAAGAAUAUCUGAAGGCUAACAGCAAAUGCGCAAGCUGCGCCAAAUGGCGCUUCGAAACGGCCAUCACCUGGGGUAAGAGUCAAGAGAAUCGUAAAUUUCGCAUGGCGCCAACUCGCGAUACGAAAAACCGAAACUUUGAGUUCAUCAACAUAGGAUAUUGGAGCCCACUUCUGGGCUUUGUAUGUCACGAACUAACCUUUCCACACAUAGAUCAGCACUUUCGCAACAUCACCAUGGAUAUUGUCACAGUGCAUAAUCCGCCCUGGCAAAUACUGACUAAAGACAGCCGCGGAGCCAUCGUGGAGCACACUGGCAUUGUCAUGGAAAUACUAAAGGAACUAAGUCGCGCUUUGAACUUUAGCUAUUACCUGCACGAGGCCCAUUCGCCGGACUACGAGUACUCGCUUGGCCAGAGCACAAAUGAGAGCGAUGAGCUGAUGGGCUCAAUGACCUAUCGCAUACCGUAUCGUGUGGUUGAGUUGGUGCAGGGCAGUGGGUACUUCAUGGCAGCCGUGGCAGCCACCAUUGAUGAGCCGCACAAGAAGCGCUUUAACUACACGCAGCCCAUAAGCAUACAGAAGUACACAUUCAUUUUGCGCCAGCCGGAUGAGGUGAGUCGCAUCUAUCUGUUUACAGCUCCGUUCACCCUAGAGACCUGGGGCUGUUUGGCGGGCAUUUUAUUGGUGACGGCGCCCAUGCUGUACAUUGUUAAUCGGCUGGUGCCGCUGCAGGAGCUGCAAAUCCGCGGCCUGUCGACAGUCAAAAACUGUUUCUGGUACAUUUACGGAGCGCUGCUGCAACAAGGUGGUAUGUAUCUGCCUCGUGCGGAUAGUGGCAGGUUGGUGGUCGGUUUCUGGUGGCUUGUUGUCAUUGUUCUGGUUACCACCUAUUGCGGGAAUCUGGUUGCUUUUCUCACAUUCCCAAAGUUUCAGCCGGGCAUCGAUUACCUUAAUCAAUUAUUUGAUCACAAGGAAAUCAAACAAUAUGGCCUGCGUAAUGGCACGUUCUUUGAGAAGUAUGUGCAUUCCACGACACGUCACGAUUUCAAGCGCUUCAUGGAGCGCGCUUUAGUCUAUAAUAGCUCACAAAGCGAGAAUAUUGCAGCAGUAAAAGAAGGUGAACGUAUCAACAUUGACUGGCGAAUUAAUUUGCAGCUUAUUGUGCAGCAGCACUUUGAGCAUGAUAAGGAGUGCAAAUUUGCAUUGGGAAAAGAAGACUUUGUGAGUGAGCAGAUCGGAUUGAUUGUGCCCUCGAGCAGCGCCUAUUUGCACUUGAUCAACCAGCACAUAGAUCGGCUGUUUCGCAUGGGUUUCAUCGAUCGCUGGCAUGAUACGAAUCUGCCCUCGAUGGACAAGUGCAAUGGGAAGCAUAUGCAGAGGCAAAUCGCUAAUCAUAAAGUGAACAUGGAUGAUAUGCAAGGCUGUUUUAUGGUUCUUCUUUUUGGCAUCAUUGCGGCGUUGCUAGUGAGCUGCAUUGAGUUCUGGUAUUAUCGGUUAUUAGUUCUGAACAAGGGUCAGAGCAUUGCCUUUGCCAAUUGACACAAACACACGAGACGCGUCGGAUU